AUGGAAUCAACGGAACUUCCUUCUCCGUGUCAUGAUCAACCCUCAUCCUCCUAUAAUUCCAAUACAAGUGGUAGAAAUGUCUUUAGCUUGCUAGCUCAAAGAGAGAUUUCACCUAGAACCAAACAUGUACGGAAAUGGCACUGGGGAGAAUCUUCUAAAUCAAAAUCUAGUUGUUCCAAUCAUAAACCAAUGAUAGAUGCGAAGUGUGGUCUCCUCUCAUGGGUUGAGGCUGAGUCAUUGCGGCAUUUGUCAGCCAAAUAUUGCCCUUUAUUGCCUCCUCCACGGUCUACUAUUGCAGCAGCAUUUAGUCAAGACGGGAAAGUGCUUGCCUCCACACAUGGUGACCACACAGUAAAGAUCAUUGAUUGUGAAACUGGAAAUUGCUUGAAGGUAUUAGUUGGCCACAGAAGGACACCUUGGGUGGUUAGGUUCCAUCCAUUGCAUCGACAGAUACUUGCUAGCGGGAGCUUGGACCAAGAAGUUCGUUUAUGGGAUGCUAGCACAUCAGAGUGGAUUUUAUCUCACUAUUUCAAUCGCCCUAUUGCAUCUCUUGCUUUCCAUGCCAGUGGGGAAAUAAUUGCUGUUGCAUCAGGCCACAAGUUGUACAUGUGGCACUACAAAAAUGGAGGGGAAUCAACUUCACCAGUUUUUGUGCUGAAGACAAGGCGCUCACUACGGGCUGUGCAUUUUCACCCGCAUGGUGCACCGUAUCUUUUAACCGCUCAGGUCAAUGAUCUUGACUCUUCAGAUUCCUCAAUGACGGAGGCAACAUCUCAUGGUUACUUACAAUAUCCUCCACCAGCUGUUUUUGUCACAAAUGUUAAUUCGAGGAUGCAUAUCAAUAUGUCAAGUGAACCACCCUAUGUAUCAUUACCUCUCUUCUCCAGGCCUUCAUAUACUGUAAAUGAGUCAAGAGUAGAACUACAGCAUGCUAGUAAUGAUGUUGGUUCAAGUAGCAUGCAGGUUCAGUCAUCUUCUGUAGCUCAGUUUCAAAGUCACACAAGUCCAACCGAACAAUAUCAAACUCGAUUGUCAAACUCCGAGAUACCUAACUCUCAAACUGGUGCAGAAUAUGUUGUCCAUACUACUUUACCUAAUCAAACAAGAAUUGGCAUCAAUAACCUUACAAAUGGUGGUACAGCGACUGAUGAAACAGAACCAGAACCAGAACCAGAACCAGCUGAAGAAAUUAAUCAUGGAAACCCUGAUCAUGUCCAUUCUCUUGAUGGGGGAACGCUACAUGACCCAUCUAGGCAUGCUGUAAAACCCGAGGAUCUCUCUGAGCUUGGUCAAUUUCCUCAGAUUGUUCCUUCACGAGAUUCAAGUGGAUGGGAGUUGCCUUUUCUGCAAGGAUGGUUAAUGGGUCAAAGCCAAGUUGGUGUUCCCUCAAUGCUUCCUCACAUUGGAGGCAGUGAUGACAGCCUUCCUCAACAGAUUGGUUCUUCAACUAUGCCAUCUAAUCCGUCGACUACUAAUGUUGAGGUAGCAAUUCCACCUUCAGAAAUACCUAGCGGCAUCAGCAUACCAGCAGUUUUACCACCAGGUUUACAGGGUCGAUUUUCAAUAACCCGUCGUGUACCUGUAUCUAAUUCUGGAAAUCUUGUUCCAUCUAUUAAUGCGACACACGAUGUUGAGGUAGCAACGCCACCUUCAGAUAUGCCUAGCAGCAUCAGCAUACCAGCAGUUUUACAACCAGGUUUACAGGGUCGAUUUUCAAUAACCCAUCGUGUACCUGUAUCUGAUUCUGGCAAUCUUGUUCCAUAUAUUAAUGUGCCACACGAUGGGUUUGAUAGCCAAACCAUUAUAAGUCGAAUUCAGGCAGAACUUGCAACAUCAGUGGCCGCUGUAGCUUCUGCAGAGUUACCUUGCACUGUUAAGUUAAAAGUGUGGUCAUAUGACUUAAAAAAUGCUUGCACCCCGCUACAACGGUGCUGUCUAACUAUACCACAUGUCGUCUUAUGCAGUGAAAUGGGUGCCCAUUUUUCACCAUGUGGUAGAUUUUUAGCCGCCUGUGUUGCAUGUAUGCACCCUCAUAUAGAAGCUGAUCCAGGAUUGCAAACUCUUGUACACCAGGAGUCUGGAGUUCCAACAUCACCAACUCGACAUCCAAUCUCAGCACAUCAAGUAAUGUAUGAGCUCCGGAUAUAUUCCCUGGAGAAAUCAACAUUUGGAUCAGUGCUUGCAUCACGAGCGAUUAGAGCUGCUCAUUGCCUGACAUCAAUCCAGUUCUCACCUACAUCUGAGCAUAUACUGCUUGCCUAUGGUCGGCGUCAUGGCUCUCUUCUUACAAGCAUUGUCAUUGAUGGAGAAACAACAUUACCAAUAUAUACAGUUUUAGAGGUAUAUAGAGUGUCGGAUAUGGAACUUGUCAGGGUGCUUCCUAGUGCAGAGGACGAGGUCAAUGUGGCAUGUUUUCAUCCUUUUCCUGGGGGAGGGCUUGUCUAUGGAACUAAGGAAGGAAAGCUUAGGGUCUUCCAGUUUGACCGUGCUCACACUGUGAGUGGUACUGGAUCUGGUUACUUACCUGAGGAGAACAUUACUGGAGUCGGUCAGUGA